AUGUCAACACGACAUAUACCUUUCAAAACUACCGGAACGUCAUGUCAACCGCGUUCGGUCAAAUUCCAAAAAAUAUUGGACGAGACGGAAGAGGAAAGAAACGAGCUGAACCAACUGCAGGAAGCGUCGAAAGAGGAGCCAAAGAAGCCUAAAAAGAGGCGCAGGGAUCGUCCUCAGGGCUCACCAAAAGCUCAAAAAGUUUUCAUUAGGAAGUACGAGACUAGAUAUGCGUCCAGGCCAAAAAAUAACAAUGACGAGGGAAAGGAUGAAUUAGAAGCAAAAAAGUACAACACCAGAGCUUCGAGUAGGAAGGAUGAUGUUGAGGUUCCCAAGGAUGGAGGUUUUCAGGUCGUGCGUGAGUUGAAGUGUUCGUUCAAAUCGUUUUUUGACUCCAGUGCAGAGGAGGACGAAGAAAAUGAAGAGGAGAAUGAAGCUGAUGUUUCCCUUUACAUGCCCAGCUCAGAGAGACGUAAGAAGCUUAAGAGCAUAAAGACAUCCAAUGCUGAUGCUGAUGAUGAUGAUGAUGAGGAUGACGAUGAUGGAAACGGCGGUAAACACUUUACUUUGAAAGAGUACGCUGAAAAGUACCAAAAGAAAAAAAAGGUUUAUAACAUGUCCAAGGUGACUUAUGAUCCCAGCAAAAUUCCAACGCCUGAUGAGAUAACGCAAGAAAUGUUGGAUUGCGUUGUUCUAAGGGCGGGCGAUAAAGACCAUGACCCACAUAAUGGUACGAGUUGUCACCAGUGCAGACAAAAAACAAAGGAUUUCAAAACGCUAUGCCGGUCUGGUAGAUGUACUGGUGUGAAAGGUCGAUUUUGUGGUCCUUGCCUACAAGGAAGGUACGGAGAGUCAGCUCUUGAAGCUCUGAAGGAUCCUCAUUGGUCUUGCCCAGUGUGCAGAGGAAUCUGCAAUUGCAGUAUUUGUCUCAGACAUCAAGGAAAGAAACCAACUGGUCAAAUGGCACCAACUGCUAUGAAAAAGGGCUUCAAAUCGGUAAAAGAUUACUGCGAUGCUAAAGAAAAAGAAUCAUUUUGCAAUAACUAA